CACCUGCCUAAAAAAAAGCAGCCCACCCCGAAGUCGCGUCUCGGUUCGGAUGCGCCACGCCACUACGCGUGCCCGCAAACCAGAACCAACCUAUGCAACAUCACCGUCGAAACUAGGCAGACACGCGCGUCGAGUACACACGGCUCUCAGAACAGCCCCCCCUUCCAUCCAAAACGAUGCAGUCAGUUCGUAUCGCCAUGUCUUCAAUCCCUUGCCCCUGCUGCGGCUGGCCCAUGCUGCGGCUGGCCCAAUGGCCUUGUCUCAUGGUCGCGAAGUCGGUUCACACAGGCCGCUCCCCGUCAUAGGACAGCUGCUUCUUCCCAUCUUCCCAAUACCACCGGAUAAAGAUCAUCUUUGGUGGUAUUCGUGGCCCUCCUACCGCGCGGACGGCCUCGAUAGUGUCCGAAAAGGUCUUCUCCCGCUCGUCAAAGGCUGCGCGUACCCCGCUCGACUCCUGCCGGAUCCAACGUUCCGCCAUCAUGGCCGUCGCAAGCAGGUCCCGCAGCGGAGAGAAACCCAGAAGCUGCCACUCGACGGGGCCAUCGUUGCACCGGUCCUGCAACCGCGCCCACGGCUGAUCACCCUCCAAGGCUUCUUAGAUCUCUUUUCGCACCGCGCUGGCGUUUUCCAAGAGACUGACGGCGGCGUGGACGCGACCGCGCAUCUGCGAUAGACGCGGCGUGGCAAUCGUCUCUAGGAAUGGAAAGAUGCGGCCGAGGCGUUCGGUCGCGAACGUGAUCAGGUUCCCGUCGCUGACCGGAAAGUGUCGGUCCAGCUAUGACGGGGA